AUGUCCUCUCUUUCAGUUGACAUGCCUUUCGACUUCACAUUCCCUUCGGCCUCUAUUGAGCGCCCAAGUCCUCCUCCUGCCAUGUCAUCUCUGCCCUUUGACCAGGCUUUCCUUGACAUGGCAUACGCCUCAGCUUCAGCCUCUGCUGCUGGACAUAUCUCUGGCCACUCUCGCUCUUCUUCAAAAGCUUCCGUCUACUCUGCUGUCUCCAUCGACUCAGAUCACGACUCACUCUGCUCUCGUUUGACGACACCUCCUCGAGCCUCUCCUGCUGUUCGUCAGCAUGGACCUCUUCUCCUCCCCAAGAUCCGCUCUCAGGACCAGGAUAUUGAUGCAACUCCCACGCCUACUCCUUGUGGCAACUACCGCAUGGUGACACCUCCUGCUCCCAACCCUUCUCGCCACUCGCGUAGCUACACAAACCCAGAGUCUCUCAGCAUCACCUUUGAUACUCCUGGCUCUAUUGCUUCUGUCAACACAUCUUUCUCUAGCCAACCGGAUGACUCCCUGUCUGCAUCACUCCUUACCUCUCCAGCCAACUUUGCCACUCACAUCUCUGGCCCUUCUCACUCACGACGUGCUUCCAGCCUUGAUGCUACAACAAUCGACCGCUAUGGCUACCCAACUUACCGCCAGAUGCCUUCGUUCGCUCCCAUUGUUCCCCAGCAGCAAAAUGACUAUGGCUUCGCUCCCUAUGACUACAGUUCUCGAGCUCAGUCUCCUUUGAGCCUCGCUGCUACUCCGGACCCUACUCCCAACACCAACCUUCUGAGCUUCCUCACCUCAACCAACCCAGCUGCCUCUCUUGUCCGCCACAUCUCGUUCCCCAUGCGAGAUGCCUCCACCAAGCACUUCUGGUGGGAUGUCCGCAACAUUCGCUCUUGGUCAUCCUUCAACGCUUCUGCCAUUCUUUCUCUUCCUGGUGCCUCAAUCCUUCUCACCAACCCUGUCCCUGCGCCUCUUCUUCCUCGGCCUACCUUCACUUCUCGUCACCCUGAGACCGAGGCUCAACUUCACUCCAUCUAUGCCUCAUACUACCUCCCCAAGCUGAACUCAGCCCUGGCCAUGUCUUCCACUCGUCCUCUGCACCUUUCAGUGGCCCCUAAGACAGCCGGCAUGAACGACCUUCUCUUCGUUGCCAACGCUGCUGGCGAGUCUACCACUGCAGCUGCUAUGUUCGGUGGCAAGCCCACUGCCCGGGUUGUCGGUCUUGUUCGCAGCUUCGACCGCUUCAACACUGGUAUGCGCGUUGAAGGCAACAUCAAGCGUGUUGAGUACCUCCGUGGCCUCGCGGCUAUCCAUCAUGCCAUGCGCGAGCACGGGUGCCGCUACGGUUUCAUCCUCACUGAGAUUGAACUUGUCCUUGUUCGCAAUGGCACCGCCAACACUCCCUUCUUCGGAGAUCUCGAGGUUACAUCUGUCCAACUUGCCGCUUCUGCCCCCGAAAGUGACGCCUCAACCUUGCCACAGGAGACUCCUCUCACUGCAUGCCUCGCCCUCUGGGGUCUCUGCCAGCUUGCAUCCGAUGAUACUCCUGCUGGCAACGCCCACUGGCGAGCUGAGAUCGGCGCACCGGCUGAAGGAACCCGCCGCAAGGCACAGCCCCGAGACUCUUGGAUGCCUCAGCCGCAACUCGCUGAGAAGCGUGAGGCUAAGCGAAGCCGCGGAUGGGUAUGGCCCGAGGAUGCCAUUGGUCGUAAGGAGCUUGGAAAGCGAGGAGUUCGUUAUGGUGGUGUCUAA